ACACGCAGAGUCGCAGCGCAAUAGACAUGAUCUCAUCAUUGGUGCACGUACUCACGCUGCUCGCGGCGGGGGCGCUCGCCCUGGACGAGGAGCAGGCGGAACUGGCACGCAUGGUGCGCGAGAAUUGCGUCGACGAGAUCGGCGUAGACGAGGGGCUGCUUGCAAAGGUGGACGACGGCGCGGACCUCAUGCCCGACCCCAAGCUCAAGUGCUACCUCAAGUGCACCAUGGAGAUGGCAGGUAUGAUCUCGGACGGCGUGGUGGACGUGGAGGCGGUGCUCGGGCUCCUCCCUGACGACGUCAAGCUCAGGACCACCGACAUUGUGCGUGCCUGCGAUACGCAGAAGGGCGCCGACGACUGUGAUACAGCUUUCCUCACACAGACAUGCUGGCAGCAGGCUAACAGAGCCGAUUACAUCUUCAUAUAGACUGGCCGCGCCGGGUGAGAACUAGACCUUACAGUAUUAUUAUGACUGUUGUUAUAAUAUAAAUAAUUUGAACAUUAGUAUUGUUGUUCUUUUAAAAUACAGACAAUCCCACUGUUAUUAAGGCGUUUUAGCCAUUCUCAAACAAUAUACACUUAUAGCUCUACAUUACCUAUACUUCUAAAACAUUUAAGUUUAUAAUUUGAUGUCUAACAGCAGUUUUCCAUAAACAGCCAAUCUCAAUGUUCAAUCUGAUUCCGAGAAUAAACCAAUAAAAAUAACUCAUUUGUAAGCAUGACAAAAAUUACUUUUUCUGCUUGGUCCACUUAUGAGAUAGAUCGAAGAAGCGAUUUGCAUCGUUUAUCGAAUGUGGCGGUAAGUGAUAUUACUAUAUAUAAAAUCUAUCAAUAAGCUAUAAAUAUGAACUUAAUACGAAGAAUAAUAUUAAAAGAAUUAACGAAAGGGAAUAUUUAUUAGAAAUAAUAAUAAUAUAAUUUUCGUUGGUGUAAUCAUAUCAAUAGGAGAGAAGUUGCGUAGGCUCCGUGCCCACUCCAGAAUUGCUUGGUAACCACCCACAGCAUUUUGGGGCAGCCUACUACUACUGUAAAUAUUUAUAGCAACCACAGUCUUGGACACGGGCCCCCUGUAAAAAAAUUCUAGUUUUGGCCAUGGGUGUAUUCCUGAGUUGACAAUAAGUAAAUUUAUUUGGAAUUAAAUUCAUUCAUAUUAAAUAUUAUUACUUACUAAAACAUCAAUAAUUGAAUAAUAAAUGUACAUAGAGUAAUAAACUGAUUUUCAUAUUAUUAAUUUCAUACUCAUCAUUUAUGAAGUUCCUAUUACUUUUUCCAUUUAAACAAUUGUACAGACAUUCAUAAAAACAAAGCCAAAUCCUGUCUACAACACAAAUUUUUGUACAUAUUGAAAAAGAGUGUAAUAUGGAUAUGUUAAUCCCACAUUGGAGUAAGGUAAAA